AUGCUGCAAAGGACUGUCCCGGAUGGGAAAAUUUGGCCAUAUCUUCACAAGGAGAACCCUGAUGGAUGUGAUUCAUGCCCCUUUUGCAUUGUCCUUCCUUGCCUUAUCAAGCUCCAACAGAUAAGUAAUCACUUGGAGCUGAUUAAGCCUAAUCCGAAGGAUGACCCAGAUAAGCAAAAGAAAGAUGCAGAGUUUGCCUCCGCUGUGUUUGGCACAGAUAUUAAUCUGGUAGGAGGGAACACCCAGAAUGAGAGUUUUAUGGGCCUGAGUGAUGUUAAACAUUGUGGCAAAAUGCGAGCACUUGAAAAGUUCUUGUUCUCAUGGAUUUCAUGCGGUGACAAAGUUCUGUUGUUCAGCUACUCUGUCAGGAUGCUGGACAUACUGGAAAAAUUUCUUAUACGUAAAGGCUAUUGCUUCUCAAGACUUGAUGGUUCUACACCAACCAACUUGCGCCAGUCUAUUGUUGAUGACUUUAACUCAAGUCCAAGCAAACAGUGGUUUGUUGCCGUAGGUCUUCCUUAUAUCAACUCGAGCUGGUGGGCUUGGAUUGAAUCUUGUCAGCGCAAAUCGUGUGGUGAUAUUGAUCCAAGUUGGAAUCCUGCCCAAGAUUUACAGGCCCAGGACAGGUCAUUUCGUUUCGGGCAGAAGCGGCAUGUUGUGGUUUUCCGCUUUCUUUCUGCUGGCUCCCUUGAUGAACUUGUUUAUUCACGUCAGGUGUACAAACAGCAGCUAUCCAACAUUGCUGUUUCUGGAAAAAUGGAAAAGAGAUAUUUUGAAGGUGUUCAGGAUUGCAAAGAAUUUCAAGGGGAGCUUUUCGGAAUUUGCAAUUUAUUUCGUGACCUUUCAGAUAAGGUCUUUACCAGCGAAAUAUUUGAGUUGCAUGAGAAGGAUGGACAAAUAGAAGGGUAUGGUAUAAGACAACAAUCAACCGAUGUUGGAAGCAAUAGUGUUUCAUUAAAAGAAGUUGGUGUUACAUCCUUAUCGUUAUCUGAGACCAGAACAACCAGUAAUUCUAAGAAGGGUUUAACAAGUCAACCUGUGCUCAAGGAUGUGGGUGUCGUGUAUGCGCACCGCAAUGAAGACAUCCUGAAUUAUGGACCUGGAGGUCAAGGGGCAAUUGAAAUAAUCCCUCAGAACAAUGGUAUCAUGGACCCAUACAUUCGUGUUGCCCGGAGAAAGAGACUAGAUGGUAUAGUUGGAAAGGAGAAUUUUCCUUCAUGCAAGGAUCAGAAAAGGAUUCAGUAUAGCCUCCUUUCUAUGUUCAUGGGUUUGGGAGAGCUAGAGUUCAGCAAGUGGGUAAUAUCUGCCACUCCUAUGGAGAGGGAGACAGUGCUUCGGGACUUCAAGAAGCGAAAGGAGAAGAUACAUGAUGGUUGA